UGGUUAAAUUAAUAAUUGUGGGGAUCGAAAAUAAAAUAGGAAAAAUCAAAAUUAUCUUGAGCGGCAAAGCAGGGAAAAACCUCGGCAGCUGAGGGUUUGGUGUGGCGACAGCAAAGAGAUAGAGUGAAACACACUAAUGGCACUCUCUACUUCUUCUUCUUCUUCUUCUUCUUCUUCUCUCCAUUCACCUUCGCUUCUGUGUCUUCCAAAGCCCUUCUCUUCUUCUUCUGUUACUUUGACACUCCGCAGUUCAACCUCCCACGCCAAUCUCACCCUUCGCUCUUCUUAUUCCGAAUUGGGCUCUUCCCCUGAGCCCAUCAAUUUCAGGAAGACCGAGAUUUCGUCCAUGUCCCAUUUGGGACUCUCCAUGAAUGAAAGUAGCAGGGCAUCUUUCAAGUGGCGAAGGGUUUUGCUCAAAGUCAGCGGAGAAGCACUUGCAGGAGACAACGCUCAGAAUAUUGACCCUAAGAUAACCAUGGCCAUUGCAAGGGAGGUGGCAGCUGUAACUCGCCUUGGCAUUGAGGUAGCACUAGUAGUUGGUGGGGGUAACAUCUUCCGUGGAUCCUCCUGGGCUGGAUGUAGUGGACUAGAUCGCUCAUCUGCUGAUUAUAUUGGGAUGUUGGCCACUGUCAUGAAUGCUAUAUUUCUUCAAGCAACAAUGGAGAGUAUUGGCAUUCCUACUCGGGUGCAGACCGCAUUUCGCAUGUCUGAGGUUGCGGAACCAUAUAUACGCAGAAGGGCUGUAAGGCAUUUGGAAAAAGGAAGGGUUGUCAUUUUUGCUGCUGGAACUGGAAAUCCAUUCUUUACCACAGACACUGCUGCAGCACUCCGGUGUGCAGAGAUUAAUGCAGAGGUUGUACUCAAAGCAACUAACGUCGAUGGAGUUUAUGAUGAGGACCCAAAGCGUAAUCCACAAGCACGUCUUCACGACACACUAACCUAUCAGGAGGUAACUUCAAAGGAUCUGUCAGUGAUGGACAUGACUGCCAUAACAUUAUGCCAAGAAAAUAAUAUUCCUGUUGUUGUGUUCAAUCUAAACAAACCUGGUAACAUUGAGAAAGCUAUUAGAGGCGAAAGAGUUGGCACUUUGAUUGGGGCAAGCUGGAAUUCUACCGUAUCAAGAACAUGAAAUUUUUUUAACUCUAAUUACCAAUUGAUUAUUUCUUGUGUUUUCCUAUACAAUCUUCCAGCUGAGGAUGCCAAAAAUGUGAGGUGCAUUACUUUGCGAGUUGUUUCGAUGGACUUCAAGGGUGCUGUGGAGUCAUAGAUUUGUAAAUAUAACAAGUUAAAUUAUUGUUUGAUAUUUCCUUCCACCUGGUUUGGCCUAAUUUUACUUUGCCAACUUGUGGUUAUGCCAAAUUAUAUUGACUUCUGAACUUUGCUCCGUUUGCAUAAAUUCUGGUCUACCUUUUAUUGAUCCCCCAUAUUUUGUAUGAUACUGAUGUUCAAACAAUGCUCAGGGAGUGUUCU